CCCCUCCCACUCUUUUUUGUUAUAUAGGAUAAGUUCUGAACGUCGAAAAGAAAAGUCUAGAGAUGCAGCCAGAUCUAGGCGAAGUAAAGAGUCUGAAGUUUUUUAUGAGCUUGCCCAUCAGUUGCCACUUCCCCAUAACGUGAGUUCGCAUCUUGAUAAGGCUUCUGUUAUGAGGCUUACCAUCAGCUAUCUGCGAGUGAGGAAACUUCUGGACGCUGGAGAUUUGGAUAUUGAAGAUGAAAUGAAGGCACAAAUGAAUUGCUUUUAUUUGAAAGCCCUGGAUGGUUUUGUUAUGGUUCUCACAGAUGAUGGUGAUAUGAUUUACAUUUCUGAUAAUGUGAACAAAUACAUGGGAUUAACUCAGUUUGAACUAACUGGACACAGUGUGUUUGAUUUUACUCAUCCGUGUGACCAUGAGGAAAUGAGAGAAAUGCUUACACACAGAAAUGGCCUUGUGAAAAAGGGUAAAGAGCAAAAUACACAGCGAAGCUUUUUUCUCAGAAUGAAGUGUACCCUAACCAGCCGGGGCAGAACUAUGAACAUAAAGUCUGCAACAUGGAAGGUACUUCACUGCACAGGACAUAUUCACGUGUAUGAUACCAACGGUGAUCAGUCUCAGUGUGGGUAUAAGAAACCACCCAUGACGUGCUUGGUGCUGAUUUGUGAACCCAUUCCUCAUCCAUCAAAUAUUGAAAUUCCGUUAGAUAGCAAGACUUUUCUCAGUCGUCACAGUCUGGAUAUGAAAUUUUCUUAUUGUGAUGAAAGAAUUACCGAAUUGAUGGGAUAUGAACCUGAAGAACUUUUGGGCCGCUCGAUUUAUGAAUAUUAUCAUGCUUUGGACUCUGAUCAUCUGACCAAAACUCAUCAUGAUAUGUUUACUAAAGGACAAGUCACCACAGGACAGUACAGGAUGCUUGCCAAAAGAGGUGGAUACGUCUGGGUUGAAACUCAAGCAACUGUCAUAUAUAACACUAAGAACUCUCAACCACAAUGCAUUGUAUGUGUAAAUUUUGUUGUGAGUGGUAUUAUUCAGCACGACUUGAUCUUCUCCCUUCAACAAACCGAAUGUGUCCUCAAACCAGUUGAAUCUUCAGAUACGAAAAUGACUCAGCUAUUCACCAAAGUUGAAUCAGAAGAUACAAGUAGCCUCUUUGAUAAACUUAAGAAGGAGCCUGACGCUUUAACUUUGCUGGCCCCAGCUGCUGGAGACACAAUCAUAUCUUUAGAUUUUGGCAGCAAUGACACAGAAACUGAUGACCAACAACUUGAGGAAGUUCCAUUGUAUAAUGAUGUAAUGCUCCCCUCAUCUAAUGAAAAAUUACAGAGUAUAAAUUUGGCAAUGUCUCCAUUACCUGCCUCUGAAACUCCAGAGCCACUUCGAAGUAGUGCCGAUCCUGCACUCAAUCAGGAAGUUGCAUUAAAAUUAGAACCAAAUCCAGAGUCCUUGGAACUUUCUUUUACCAUGCCCCAGAUUCAAGAUCAGCCAGCUAGUCCUUCUGAUGGAAGCACUAGACAGAGUUCACCUGAGCCUACCAGUCCCAGUGAAUAUUGUUUUGAUGUGGAUAGCGAUAUGGUCAAUGAAUUCAAGUUGGAAUUGGUUGAGAAACUUUUUGCUGAAGACACAGAAGCAAAGAACCCAUUUUCCACUCAGGACACUGAUUUAGACUUGGAGAUGUUAGCUCCUUAUAUCCCAAUGGAUGAUGACUUCCAGUUACGUUCCUUCGAUCAGUUGUCACCACUGGAAAGCAGUUCUACAAGCCCUCAGAGUGCGAGCACAACUGCAGUAUUCCAGCCAACUCAAAUGCCAGAACCAGCUAUUACCACCACCACUACCACUGCCACCACUGAUGAGUUAAAAACACUGACGAAAGAUGGUAUGGAAGACAUUAAAAUAUUGAUUGCAUCUCCAUCUCCUACCCACGUACCUAAAGAAGCUACUAGUACCACAACAUCACCAUAUAGUGGUACUCGAAAUCGGACAGCCUCACCAAACAGAGCAGGAAAAGGAGUUAUAGAACAGACAGAAAAAUCUCAUCCAAGAAGCCCUAAUGUGUUAUCUAUCACUUUGAGUCAAAGAACUGUUCCUGAGGAAGAAAUAAAUCCAAAGAUACUAGCUUUGCAGAAUGCUCAAAGAAAACGAAAAAUAGAACAUGAUGGUUCACUUUUUCAAGCAGUAGGAAUUGGAACAUUGUUACAGCAGCCAGACGAUCAAGCAACUACUACAUCACUUUCUUGGAAACGUGUGAAAGGAUGCAGAUCUAGUGAUCAGAAUGGAAUGGAGCAAAAGACUAUUAUUUUAAUACCCUCUGAUUUAGCAUGUAGAUUGCUGGGGCAAUCAAUGGAUGAGAGUGGAUUACCACAGCUGACGAGUUAUGAUUGUGAAGUUAAUGCUCCUAUUCAAGGCAGCAGAAACCUACUGCAGGGUGAAGAAUUACUCAGAGCAUUGGAUCAAGUUAACUGAGCUUUUUCAUAAUCUCAUUCCUUUUUUUGGACACUGGUGGCUCAUUACCUAAAGCAGUCUAUUUAUAUUUUCUAUAUCUAUCUAAUUUUAGAAGCCUGGCUACAAUACUGCACAAACUGUUUGUUCAAUUUUGAUCCCCUUUUUACUUAAUUUACAUUAAUGCCAGAUCAGAGACAGCACAUUUUCACAGUUCUUUGAUAUUUAAACCAUUGCAUUGCAGUAGCAUCAUUUUUAAAAUGCACCUUUUUAUUUAUUUAUUUUGGGCUAGGGAGUUUAUCCCUUAUCGAAUUAUUUUUAAUAAGAUGCCAAUAUAAUCUUUUUAAGAAGGCAGUAACCUUUCAUCAUGAUCAGCUUGAAUAAUUUUUACUCAGUUUUUUCACAUUUUACAUAAACAAUAGUGAUUUGCCAGCAGUACAUGGUAGCCACAAUUGCACAAUAUAUUUUCUUAAAAAAUACCAGCAGUUACUCAUGCAAUAUAUUCUGCAUUUAUAAAACUAGUUUUUAAGAAGAACUUUUUUUUGGCCUAUGAAAUUGUUAAACCUGGAACAUGACAUUGUUAAUCAUAUAAUGAUUCUUAAAUGCUUGUAUGGUUUAUUAUUAAAUGGGUAAAGCCAUUUACAUGAUAUAGAAAGAUGCAUAUAUCUGGAAGGUAUGUGGCAUUUAUUUGGAUAAAAUUCUCAAUUCAGAGAAAUGAACUUGAUGUUUCUAUAGUAACUUUGCCAGCUCAAAAGAAAACAAUACCCUAUAUGUAGUUGUGGAAAUUUAUGCUAAUAUUGUGUAAUUGAUAUUAAACCUAAAUGUUCUGCCCACCCUGUUGAUAUAAAGAUGUUUUGAGCAGAUUGUGAAUAAACAAACAAAAUCAUGCUUUGUUAGCAAAAUUACCUAGUAUGUUAAUUUGCUCAAAAUUUGAUGUUUGGUUUUAUGCACUUUGUCGCAAUUAACAUCCUUCUGUUUUCAUAUAGAUUUCAAUAAUUGAGUGAUUUUAGAAGUAUUAUUUUAGAAAUAUAUAGUCACAGUAAAUAUCUUGUUUUUCUAUGUGCAUUGUACAAAUUUUUCAUUCCUUUUGCUCUUUGUGGUUGGAUCUAACACUAACUGUAUUGUUUUGUUACUUUAAAUAAACAUCUUCUGUGGACCAGGC